GCACGAUCAAGGUCUUACCGCACUCAGCAUCGCGUCUGUCUUCUUUGUCAUUUAAAACUGGCCGGACAGAGAGAGAGAGAGAGAGAGAGGAACGACCGCGCAUCAUUCUCCUCCUGAGGCUUUGUCAAUGGGACACUAAACAAAGGGUGCACUCUUUGUCUGGGCAGAUCCUUUUUCCAUUUCAACCACCUAGAAGAGGCAAAUCGCAUGAAGAACAUGCUGCCAGAGAACACUGCAGGGCCCACGCUGUCCCUCAGCACGGAUGCAACAACGCUUCAUUCCAAUGGCGGCUCAUUGGGUGGACCAAUUGGUCGUGGCACACGCUCGAAGGCGGAGCUUCAGGAGUUGAUGGAGAGCUUGCAGCGUAGGAAAUCCGCUCUGGAGGCCAGUUUAAAGGCCACUGCAGAUCGUGGCUACCUCACCCUGUCCCCACCCCCCAGUCCCCAAUCAGCUUCCUCCUAUCUACAGGAGCAUCCUCCCCUUUCUAUGAGAGUCCCAUCCACUUACAUUCCCUCCAGUCACCUAAGCCUGCCACCCUCCCCUCACCAAUCAGAGCGGCCCAUAAGUCCAGUCCCAAGCCAAUCCCGUGCACGACACCAAUCACAGGAUAACCUGUUGCUUUGCCCUUCUUCUGAAGUCCGCCAUCCAAACACUACCCCCUCACUCCUCUCCAUGUGGAAUGGUUCCUCUUCCUCCUACAUGACAGAUGCUCUUCCUCCAUCUCGCCGAGGUCCAAGCGGGGCAGCAAGCAUGCCCUCCAGCCCUCGCUUGGGACGCAGGCUGCUAUUGCGAACUGGGGAGUCCGCUGUGGAACCAUUGCUCCGGCAGAGAAAAUAUUCCACCGGCUCAUUGAAUGGCCUUGGCGGACAUAGUCGUUCUUUGCCAAGGCUGUAUCGAGGGGAUGCUCCAAUGCUUUCUUUGCCACCUCGUCACACCACCAAGCCACGUCGCAGCCUUCCAUCAAUGGAAAAACCACCAGAUGUGACCGUGAUAGCCAACGUGCCUGGCAGUCCUCACAGGGCCAGCCUCUGUUCCGCAGGCUCUGCCCCAUGUCUAGACCUGGGUGUAGGGGAAAGACGGCUGUCGUUUGGAAAAGGGGGGCUGGGACCAGGCAUGGGGCAGAGGAGGGGCAGUAUCAGUUCGCUAAGUGGAAAAGAAGAGCUCAGAGAUUAUCAUCAGAGACAAAGAGAUGAGAGACUGAGAGAACAGGAAGUGGAAAGACUGGAGCGCCAACGCCUUGAGACCAUCCUUUGCCUGUGUUCUGAGCUGGGCCGCUCUGAACUCAGCCGGUUGGAGACCAACUCCUGCGUCUCGUCCAUUUCGGACCUGCAGAAGAUCAACCGAGAGCUGGAGAAGCUCCAGGUGUCUGACGACGAAUCUGUGUUCUCUGACUCAACCGCAGGAGUAUCUCUGGAUAGUGGAUUUGUGGGUAAGGCUCGUAGCGAUAUCCUAACCCGGAGACAGCGUGGACUCAGCGGACAUCGGGAGACCAGGCCUCAGUCACCCACCACCAGCAUAAGGAGCUCAGUUCCCUCUCCUUCUCCACACAUCCGCAGCAAGCAAGUGUCUGAGGACAUGCAGCGGAGGCAGGAAGUGACACAUAUAGAAGAAGAGAGAAUUCAGGUGCUCAACAACAUUGAGGAACUGGAACAGAAGAUCAGAGAUCUAGACACGCAGAUGGAUGAGUCCAUAAGAGAGAUGGAGGUAGAGAGGGCUCUCUUGGAUGGUGAGCAAGAAGCAGAGGUGUCUCAACUACAGAGUGAUAAGGAAAUACUGGAACAGCUCAAUGAAAAAAUGGGCAACAUGGAGAAAAACACUCAAAACAAUCAAACUCAGGACAAAGCCCUGUUGGAGGCUGAGAGAGUAAAAGUAGAGAGGCUAGCUGAGCUGCUUUCAGAACAGAAGAUCCAGUUGGACACCUGUCCUGAAGCACUGAAGGAGCAGCUCCAGAAUCAGCUAUCCAGGGACACUGAAGCCUUGGAAGCCGAGACGAAGCGUUACGAAGAUCUCGAGUUUCAGCAGCUGGAAAAAGAGAGCCGUCAAGAUGAAGAAAAAGAGUCACAGACACAGCAGCUCCUCAGAGAGAUUGCAGAAUAUCAAAGAUCCAUUGUCACUCGAAAGGAAAGGCUUCUUACCCUGAAGAUGCAGUCAACCCAGAUAACCCAGCAGACACAGCGGGAAAAGGAAAACUUCUUGAAGGAAAAGAGAACCCUCAUUUAUAUGUUGCAGAGAGAACGGGAGAACCUAUCAUCUUUAGAGAGGAAAUACACUGAGUUGACAGGUGGUCAGGCCUUCCCUCUUAACCCUGUGUCCAUGAAGGAGCAUUUUCGCUCUCUGGAGGAGAGGAGGCGGAGCAAUGGCUGUAAGGAGGGCAGAGCUCUGCAGAGUGAGGGCGGAGUGUCCCGUAAGAGAGAGAGGCAGAUUUCCGGGACCAUAAGCAACUCCACACUUAGUCGCAGUCUGUCUCCCAAGGUCAGACAUCAAAUACGGCACACAUAUACGCCCCAUAUGCCACUGUCUCAAAGCUCUAGCUGCAGUAGUGUACUCCCCCGCACUCUGUCGGCCACCUCCCAUGACCUGGACACUCGCCGACUACUCAAGGCAGGACAGCUGUAUCUUAAUGAUGAUAGGCAGAGACUCAGUGAGAUGUCCAAUAGGACGGUUUCUGAAUCAAAUGUGUACCUGGAACCGUUUUUAAACCGUUACCUGGAUAAUGGACACAACUUUGACACACAGAGCGUAGACAGUACAGAAAGCCUGGAGACCAGCAUUUCAGCCUGUUCACCUGACAACAUUUCCACUGCCAGCACAGCAAAUAUGGUAAAAAUAGAGGAGAUGGAACGUAUGCUGAGAGAGGCUCAAGCAGAGAAGAACCGACUACUGGAGCACAGGGAGCAAGAGAUGGAGUUCCGCAGGCAGGCUCUUGAGGACGAGAGGAGAAGGAGGGAGGACUUGGAGAGAAGACUGCAGGAAGAGACAAACAGAAGACAGAAACUUGUGGAGAGAGAGUCUCGUCCAUUGACACGUUACUUGCCAGUGAGAAAGGAUGACUUUGACCUGAGAGGUCACAUCGAGGUGGCUGGUCACCAUCCUGAAACUUGCUUUCACCUGGCCAUUACCGAGAAGACCUGCAGGGGGUUCCUGGUCAAAAUGGGUGGAAAAAUUAAAACCUGGAAGAAGCGGUGGUUCGUUUUUGACCGCAAUCGCAGGACACUGGCAUAUUAUGCUGAUAAACAUGAAACCAAAAUGAAAGGUGUGAUCUAUUUCCAAGCCAUAGAGGAAGUUUAUUAUGACCACCUAAAGAACGCACACAAGAGCCCUAAUCCCUCCCUGACGUUCAGUGUAAAGACACAUGAUCGGGUUUAUUACAUGGUGGCUCCAUCUCCAGAGGCCAUGAGAAUCUGGAUGGAUGUUAUAGUCACUGGAGCAGAGGGAUAUACACACUUCCUGGUGUGAGUAGGGCUCAUCUUUAUUAAACAACAUUUUACAAGCUCAAAGUGACCUUCAGAGUUCAGCCCUGCCUGCUGAAUGCAUCCUGGUCCAGCACUUUCAACAUUCUGAAGAGGUUUCUUUAAUAAACUAUUCACUUUUAUUAGUACUGAUCAUCAAACCAGUAGUGCAGACUGAAUAUUUUGCAGUCAUCCAUGAAGUAUUUUGGAAACGCAUUUAAGUGUGUUAUCCACCAAUGUCUGGGAUUUCAGAGGUAAGACUUCAAAGGUACUUUAUAACAGCUUUAUUAUUCUACCCCAUUUUAACCACUUCCAAGUCUCAGACUCAGGACAGCACUCAGUAAAUAAGAAUCACCCUUAUGGUCUCUAUAACCAUUCUGCACACUUGCAAACUCUUCAUGAAGCUAUGACCUGGAUAUACCUCAAAGAAAUAAUUGAUCACUUUUUGCAUCAUUCAUUAAAAUGAGACACCAAAGAUAAAAUGUUACUGAUGUGCCAUACAGACUCUAAAAAAACAUAUCAGGUGGUCGUGAUAUUGUUCAGCAGUAUUAAGCUGUAGCCCUUUCUACUUUAAACACUUUUUUUAAUCUUUAAAAUACCUUGUAUCUGUUUAUAUGAUAAGAUUAUAUUUCCCAAAGUGCCUUACAUGUAUGCGCAUGUGCAUUAAAUAUCUAAAUAUUUAGCUAUUAGGCACUGGUUUGUAUAAGGGUAUAGCGUGCAACAGUCUGGUUCCGGGAUGUUAAAAUCCCAUUCAUUUUUUCCAUAAACGAAUAGAUUUUCAACGAUAACUUAUAAACAUUUAAAGAGAGACACACCAUGAGUUCAGAGGUUGUUUAUGGAUGGUAUAUGCUUCCAUUGAAGCCAUUCGUUUUCAACUUGUUUGUUUCACAUUGUAUUUGGUAGAGGAUUUCCUGGUUUGAUUCCUGGCUUACAACUUUUUAAUGAAGGAUUUUAUAUAAAUUCUAGGCAGAAAAUUAAUUGGAAAAACGGAACUCAGACUGCUGAAAAUGUGGACAGGAACUGUUGUGCCCCAAAAAGCACUGUGGCUGUUAAUGCUAUUUUUUAUUUACCAAUUGUGCCUCCCUGUUACUCAGGAAAAUUCCAGAAGGAAGUGCAGCAUACCAAAGACAAGCUGAAUUUGUAUUCAGUAUGAUAUAAAUGUAAUGAUGUGUACCCAUCAUUUAAAAUGUAACAGAAUUGGAUUUCUUACAGUUUAAUGUAAUUAAUUAUGUUUAUAAACUGAAAAAAGGCAAAUCUUGUCUUCUGCUUAGUCCACACCCACACUAAUCUGUAUUCACGUUCCAAAGUAUGUGGCAGAGCCGUUUCUAGCUAGCGGUAUAAGCAGCCAAUUAGGGCCCACGAGCCACCAGGGGGCCCUGCAAAUUAAGGUCGAUUUUUUUAUUGUUGUUGUUAUUAAAUACACUAAAAGCUGUGAGUAAGACUCAGGCAGCUAUUAUGGAUCAAGUUGACAGUUAAAGGGGGCACCAUUGUGGCCCGAGAGGGAAUGGAGAAUGUAACUGCAAGGACAGAGUUGUUGCUAGAAAGGAGUUAUCAUCAUGAAGCGCACCUACAAAUCAGGAGUGGAAAAUAUAAAAAAGAAGAGGAGGAGAAAUGCAGCCUGACCAUUUAAGGGGUUGGGAGGUUUUGGGAUUUCACUUAGGGCCCCCAUAUUCUUCACUUAGGGCCCCCAUAUUCUCAGAAACGGCCCUGGUAUGCGGUAAUAGAGAGGUUUUUCGAAAGGCUUCAUUUUUGGUGGAGGAAAAUGCUGUUUUAGUGUGGAUACGAGGUGAAAACGUAACUAAAUGAAUGUGUGGACGUGGCCUUAGAUUCAAUAAGAAUCCUCAUGCUAGUUUGAUUGACCGCUCUCUAUAAUUAUGAGUGUAGUAACUGAUCUGCAAUGAGAGUGUACUACUUCAACUGACCAGCAGAGAGCGGCUAGUGAUUCCGGAUGGUUCUGCUAUUGCAGAUUUUGUUUCCAUCAGCCACAUAAUGCCAAGAAUGUUGUUUGACACUGUGUUAAACAAUUUGUUUUUAAUAGUUUUGUUAUAUGCAUGUCUGAGCUUACGAUUGUGUAUCUGAUAUUAUUUUUGAAGCAUUUAGGAAUCAGCUUAAUUCCAUUUAUCAGAUUAAGAGUAAUACAACAGAAAUGAUGUGAAUAUUGGUGUCAAAAUGAAAUGUCUGAAAGGUUUGUUGUAUUAAGAAAAGAUUAAGUCACAGGUGCUAUCUGACAGCAAAACAUGUGGAUUGUUGUCUACGGAGACCAAAUUGUCAUCAUGACUGCAAUUAUGUCUGUUAUUCAGUCUGAUUUAAAUUGCCAAGUAUGUAGGCUGUAAAGCACUUGAAAAUUGGUUGACUAACCAAUAGAUCAAUAAUUCUUAAAGUAAUUUCCCAGAUUCAAUACAAGUUAAGCUCAAUCAACAGCAUUUGAGGCAUUAUGUUGAUUACCACCACCACCACCACCACCACCAAAAAAAAAAAAAAACACAA